AUGGUGAACAUCACCGAGAAGAUCAAGGAGAUCGAAGAUGAGAUGCGCCGGACGCAGAAGAACAAGGCGACAGAAUAUCACUUGGGUCUAUUGAAAGGAAAGCUCGCCCGCUUAAGAGCCCAGCUCCUUGAGCCCACAGGUGGUAGUGGCGGCGGUGGUGCCGGAUUUGAUGUUAGCAAGAGCGGCGAUGCGCGUGUGGCCCUCGUCGGGUUUCCGUCCGUCGGAAAGUCCACGUUUUUGUCGAAGAUCACCAAAACUAAGAGUGAGACCGCGGCAUACUCAUUCACCACGUUGACAGCCAUCCCGGGUGUUCUUGAGUAUGGCGGUGCUGAGAUCCAGAUUCUCGAUUUGCCUGGUAUCAUUGAAGGUGCCUCAGAGGGCAAGGGACGUGGCCGGCAGGUGAUCUCUGCUGCAAAGACGAGUGAUUUGAUUCUGAUGGUUCUGGACGCCACCAAGCGUGCUGAACAGCGAGCACUGCUCGAGGCUGAAUUGGAUGCCGUGGGCAUUCGGUUGAAUAAGGACCCACCCAACAUCUACAUGAAACCAAAGAAGGCCGGCGGUAUGAAGAUUACUUUCCAGACACCACCCAAGAACCUGGACGAGAAGAUGAUCUACAACGUGCUCCGCGACUACAAAAUCCUCAACUGUGAAGUGCUGGUGCGAGACGAAAACGCUACGAUCGACGACUUUAUCGAUGUGAUCAUGAAAGACCACCGCAAAUAUGUUCGCUGUCUGUAUGUCUACAACAAGAUCGACAGUGUCAGCCUCGAGUUCCUCGACCAGCUCGCCCGCGAGCCGUACACAGCCGUCAUGAGUUGCGAGCUCGAUCUCGGGGUCCAUGAGGUCGUCGACCGCAUAUGGAAGGAGUUGCGGCUCAUGCGACUGUACACGAAACGGAAAGGAGAAGAUCCCGAUUUCAGUGAAGCCCUGAUCGUGCGCAGGGACUCCAGCAUCGAGGACGUGUGCGACCAGAUCCACCGCACGCUCAAAGAGACCUUCAAAUAUGCGCUGGUGUGGGGUGCGAGCGCGCGCCAUGUGCCGCAGCGCGUGGGACUGGGCCAUAUGGUUUCGGACGAGGAUGUGGUGUCGAUCGUGGCGAAAUAA